GGCCGGGCAGGAGCGAGGGGCGGUCUGCAGCCCGCCGCCCGGCCCAGGGCUCCGUGAUGUCAUGGCGGGUGCUGAGGAGGGGCGGGGGCCGGGCUGUUUUUCUGGAGAGGGAGAGCCGGAGGGAGCGAGACAAAGCGGGGCCGGCCGGGCCGGCUGCAGCAGGCGCCAUGCAGCCGCGGCCCCACGUCCUGCUGUGGAAACUCCUGCUUCUGCAGAGUGCCACUGUGCUGCUCUCCUCAGGGCCACCUGGGUCGGUGCCCGCAGGCAGCUCCGUGGUGUCGGAGUCCGCAGUGAGCUGGCCGGCGGGGGCCCCGGCCGUGCUGCGCUGCCAGAGCCCGCGCAUGGUCUGGACGCAAGACCGGCUGCACGACCGCCAGCGCGUGGUCCACUGGGACCUCAGCGGCGGCCCGGGCGGGCGCCCCGCGCACCGGCUGGUGGACAUGUACUCGGCGGGGGAGCAGCGUGUGUACGAGUCGAGGGACCGCGGCCGCCUCCUGCUGCCGCCCUCCGCCUUCCAGGACGGCAACUUCUCGCUGCUCAUCCGCGCGGUGGAGGAGACGGACGAGGGGCUCUACACCUGCAACCUGCACCACCACUACUGCCACCUCUACGAGAGCCUGGCCGUCCGCCUGCAGGUCGCCGGCGACCCCCGGGAAGCCGGUGCGCACUGGGACGGUGAGAAGGAGGUGCUGGUGGUGGAGCGCGGCGCGCCCGCGCUUCUGACGUGCGUGAACCGCGCGCACGUGUGGACCGACCGGCACCUGGAGGAGGCGCAGCAGGUGGUGCACUGGGACCGGCAGCCGCCCGGGGUCCCACACGACCGCGCCGACCGACUGCUCGACCUGUACGCGUCCGGCGAGCGCCGCGCCUACGGGCCGCCCUUCCUGCGCGACCGCGUGGCGGUGGAGGAAGACGCCUUCGCGCGCGGCGACUUCUCGCUGCGCAUCGCCCCGCUGGAGCCGGCCGACGAGGGCACCUACUCCUGCCACCUGCACCACCACUACUGCGGCCUGCACGAGCGCCGCGUCUUCCACCUGAAAGUGACCGAGCCCGCCCCGGACCCCGCCCCCGCCCCCGCCCCCGCCGAGCCGCCCCCGCGGGACUCGCCGGGCAACGGCUCCAGCCCCGGCAGCGUCCCCGCGCCAGAUCCCACGCUGGGACGCGGCCGCAGCGUCAUCAACGUCAUCGUCCCCGAGAGCCGGGCCCACUUCUUCCAGCAGCUGGGCUACGUGCUGGCCACGCUGCUGCUCUUCAUCCUGCUGCUCAUCACCGUCGUCCUGGCCACGCGGCACCGCCGCAGCGGAGGUUAUGAGUACUCGCCCAGGAAGCCGCGGAAGUCCAAGAGGAAAGACGGGAACACGGCGGAGUUUGCUGUGGCCACCGGGGACCAGGCUUUCUACAGGACAGAGGACAUCCAACUAGAUUACAAAAACAACAUCCUGAAGGAGAGGGCGGAGCUGGCUCACUGCCCUCUGCCCGCCAAGCACAUCGACUUGGACAAAGAGUUCAGGAAGGAAUACUGCAAGUAAGGUGAUUGGGCUCCUGGCCGGCCAGCGGGGCUGCCGACUCCUGUCCGUCGAGCGCGUCCUCCUGACUGACCCUUGUCCAGCUCGCCUGGCCCCUCCCCCAGCGGCUGGUCCCGCUGUCCCAGAACUUGGCCUGAGCUGGUGCAGAGCAAGGCUGCCACCAGAGCCCUCUCCUGGGAGCUGCCGCCCUCCUGGCGAGCAGCAGUGGGCUCCGUGGGCCCUGCGGACGCUGCGGCCCACGCCCUCAGGGGCCUGCUGGGGGGGGCUCACUGCUGGCCCCGCCCCCUCGGCACCUGGUGCCCUCACUGAUGUUUGCUGAGGCCUCCUGGCAGCCCGGCCUCUGCAGGAGCAGGGCAGCAAGACGCCCUGCGGGGGCUCAGCAGGGACUUUCGGAACCGGGUCAGCCUCUGGGCGUCUCCAGGCCUUCCUGGGGGGAGCUGCCUGCUGGCUCCCAGUCUGCACCGUGGCCGCCCAGCCAGGCUUCCAUUGGCUGCACUUGGGGGCCCGAGGAUGGCACAUCCCAGCGGGGGGCUGGCGCCCCUCUGUGCUGCCUCAGCGGGCUGCCCUGGGCCCUUUCUCUGUCUCCCAGCCCGCUCCGGCCUCCCUCCGAGUGAGCUGCCUUGACAGUCUCUGGGCUCCUGGAGACUUUUGGUUCCUCCCUGGGCUGCAGUCUUGGGCCGGGGACGUCGUCCGGCUUCUGUCCUGUCCCAGGGCAGGGGAGGGUGAAGGCGGUGCUGGAGCAGCCUGUGUGGCCGCUCCCGACACCCACACUCCCUCCUCUUGGGAAGUUGCCACCAUCACAAUAAAGACCCUGUCGGAUCUUCAGACU